AUGUCUCCGUACGACGGCGUCCUGAUCGGAAAAUUGAGACUGAAGGGAAAACCACUGGCCGUCAAAAACGACGGAAUAAAAAAGAAGAAACACCGGUACUCGUCAGAGUUUAAUUCAGUGAACGAAGAAGGUAACAUGAACGAGGGUGAGAAGUAUGAAGGAGAAGGAAACAAUGCAGGUUGUGAUUGCGAUGAUCGGUUAACUCCGGCUGAGAGACGGUUUCUGGAACGGACAGAGAAACUUAAAGUUCAAAGGCUAGCGAAGAUGGCGAAGAGAUCUCAUAGAGAUAGAAUUGAGAGGUUCAAUCAAUAUCUGGCUAAUCUUAGUGAUCAUUAUGAUAUUCCAAAAGUGGGACCUGGAUAA